AUGACGUCACAGCCUUUAGCGAUCACCAGUGGGUCGGGAUUCAUUCAAGACGAUAAGGUGAACGAAUUUCAGACACCCGAAAUAUAAUUGAAUUUUCAGGUAUUAGUAGAUGCCCUGCCGUAUUUGGACACAGAAUAUAACGAAUCUGAUCGACAAUACGCGCUAAAACUUAUUGAACAUGAGUGUAAAGUGAGUAUUUGGAAUUUCUUCAAAUAUUAUACAAUUUCUUAGGUAUUCCGGCCGACGAAGAAUUAUUUGAAGCAUUUGGCGGUUCCCGAUUUUGAUGCUUUCCUUUCCCCUUGUAUGUUGAAGGAGAUGACCAGAAUAAGCAAGAAACAGGUUUCCAUUGAUAAUAUCUGAUUGAUACGUCAAUCAUGCUGUGUUUAGGAGAUGCCGAAGCUUGACAUGACCCGAUGCGAACUUCCGCCUCCUUCAGCCAAAGGAAUCGACAAGAAACUUUGGCGAAAAGUUCGAUUUCCGCUCUUUUGCCAAUGAUAGGGUUUUCAAAGAAGCAAUAGUCUGUUUGAAAAGUUUUCAAAAAAAUUUUCAUAGGGUUUUCAACGAGAAUCACUGUGAUCAGGUCACAGUUGCUACUUUUGAGAAGUUUGAGGUUAAUAUUUCACGUCUUCAGAAAUCAAUAAGGAAUUAUCGUCAAAAAUGCAUUUAUUCGAAAAAUUAGGGUUUAUUGUUGAGUGAAAAUUAGUAAAAAUUAGUUUCUAGAAAAUCAGCCGUGCCACUUGAUGAGGACAAAAUUUUAGAAAUCAUUUUUCCCAUCUCGCAAUUUUUAAGUUAUGAUGGUUUCAAUUUGAGGUGCUCCGGAAUGCAAAAGCUCAAAACGAACAUUUGGUUCUGAGGCAGACGAACUUGGAGCUGAUGGAAGAAUAUGCUCACGAGAGCUAUCUUCAGAGAAAUAAGGCCUUGGAAAAGGCUCUCACAGAAACCGAGAAAAGCUUGCGGAAAGUCAAAGAAGAGGUUCUUGUAGAGGAAAAUCAUGAAUAUCCUUGAUCUUGAAGGUGAUGGAAGUUCACGCGACGAGGAAACUUGCGCAGAUGGAUGCUGGCAACAAAUUGAAACAGUUGGAAACGAAUUGGGUUCACAUGGUCACCAAUAACUACAAGUUCGUUUAUUGAUUUACAUCGCGAGUGAAUGUUUUUUUCACUUUUAAAGAUCUUUUUGAAAUUUUCAAGUCAUGAAAAAUGGACCAAAUUCGCAGUUUUUUCUGUUUUUUGUCACAAGUAUUUUUUCUAGAGAAAGCUUAUUUUCUUCUCAAAUUUUGCCUCUUUUCUCCUGCGAUUUUUAUAGCCUAUUCCUCGCCAGCUUGUCACGUUUUUCUUUCCGCCGAAAGCAACCCUAUACCGAAAUAGAUCGAAAUUGAGCAUUUUCGCUUCAAGACCUUUGUUUUUUUCCUGUCUUUUAUAGCAGUUUUGUAGAGCGAAGGUUGUACUUACGGUAGCUUUUUAUUUUCUGUGAUCUUAAAAUGUGACUAUCCCUCGCGAAACGCACUAUAGGAAAGAUCUGAUAUUACUAUUUUCAGAAUGGAGCUGGCGAACAACCAAAUGACGCAGCAAAAUGAAGUCGCAGCCAAGCGGCUAAAAGUGGAUCCCUCAGUAUUCCAAGAGAGACAAAACUACAUUUGAAACUAGUCUUCACUUAUAUAAUAUAACAUUUUGAAUGUGAAAUAAACUGAUCUCCAUCCAUCUUUUUCCUUUCGACAGACGCUUUGUUUACUAGAUAUUUGCAACCGUUUUCAAAACAGAGAAACGCAGGUUUUUCGGAACACGCCCGUCCGUUGUAAUGUGAUUGAGAUAAGGGCGGCCACGUCCCCCCUUUUUUUUUACACUUUGAUGAUCCUUCGCGAAAUAUUUUGAUUAGGAUUGUUUUUUUUCCGUUUCGCAACGCUUCUGAGCAAUUAUUUUGAAAAGUCGGAAACUUUUUCAACAACAAUUGGCUCCCGCCCGUUUUCUGUUGACUCACGGCGGUGUAAAACAGUUCCUCCGCGGCCGUCGCUCUUCAAUUCCUUUUUAUUGAGUUUAUUUGUGUUUCAGCGAUGGCGAUGGCUCCUCCAAAUGGAGAUAUCGGCGCCAAAACCCCUGGUUUGUUGUUUUGUUUAUAUUUACUAACAGUUCAUCGUGAACUGCCUUCUUUAGGGUAGUCUAGCGCCGCUUUUCAGCUUAUCUUUGUUUGCCCUGGCGGCGAUUUUUAUCUAGUCACUUAUUAGUGCACCAUUGACCAGAAAAGAUGUACAAGAGACAUGCGAAACGUACUAAAACAAAAUAUGAGCCUGAAAAACUUUCGCAGAAAAUGUUUUUUAUUUUUUGAUUACUGUGGUUAGAGUGGACGCGUACACUUAUCUACGGUGAAUCCAGUAUAUUUUACGACUAUUUUAAAUUUAAUUUUAUCGAAUUUUUCUUCAAAUUUCUUAAAAUUUGUCUUGUCUGAUUUUACAGGUUCAAAGUAUUUUUCCAAGUUUUGAAAGUAAAAAAACUUAAGUGUAUCAUUUGCGAUUCUCCCGAUUUAAUUUCAAGUGUUGCCCAAUGAACACACAGUUUCAUGAUUUUCCAGGCUCGAAAAUGACUCUAAAUGCAUGAAUAUUGUUUAUUUAUCUCAAAACGUUCAGAGUGCUUCGAAAAAUAAGAAGGGAUUUGCGGAGAAAAAGUUUAGAAAUACGGAAAAAAACCGCAAAUUUUUUUCCAUUGAUUUAUUGUAUUUUUCAAAAAAAGAGAAAAAUCAUUGCCGAUUUCAACAUGAAAUUCCUUUUUUCGCACAUCACUCUAUUUUUUAUGAGAAAGACGUUGGUUUUUUUUUUUUGAAAAACGCCAUUCUGUUCUUCAAUUCCAUUCUUAUGUAAAGAUUGUUGAAAAAUUUUAAAGGGAGCGCAAUAUUUUCGAUUCCAAUUGUUGACGAUUUCAAAUGGCGCUCUCAAAGUAAUUUUGAGGUGUCGCGAACGUGUUUUAACGACAUUAAAAAGCCUCUUCGGCGAACAUCUAUUCCAUGCAUCUUCUCCGUGGAACCUCGAUGGUUCUGAAUUUCUGAAUACAUUUAUUCUCAAAGCAAGAUGCUGUUUUUUUCUGAUUUUAUAGUCAAAAGUCUCCAUGACAACCUGCGGAUCGCAUUUUUCUGAACGUUUACCUUUCAACUAUCACGUUGCUUAUAUCGGUUUUUGUUUGAACAAUGGAAGGCAAUCGUAGGUGUUCUUGCGCCAAGAAACUCGGGUAAACAUCCCAAAAUUGUAUGCUCCUUCGCGCGAGGCACAGCGAAAUGAGACAAACAACGAUUUGUCACUUUGCAUGCGUCUCUCCUAUCGCCUUUUUCCUGACAAAUGCUCGCCAAAACCAUUUCUUUCUCAUCUCAAACUUAUUUCAUAAAUGUGUAAAGAUGUAUUUUUUUGUUUUUGUAGCUUUUCAAAAUUUUCUCAUGAAACGGGAUUUUUUCUUUGUUUAUGGCUCAAUUUUUGAAAAAAAUCUUUCUUAUUAUAUCACAUAUUUCAUUUCUUCAAAAAAAGUUCUUCUUUCAGCAUUUUCUUAAAAUUUGAAACAAUUGUUUUUUUAUUCAAAAAAACUUUCCGCUUUUUUUCAAAUUUCCAAUUUGAGCUUAUGUGAAACAAAUAAUUUAAUAAUUGAAUCAUUUUUUUAGUUGUUAAAAAAGACUGUGUUAUAACGAAGAGACCAAAAUAACAACGUAUUUUGCUUCUUCUUUUUUUUGCAAAAGUUUUGCUCGAAAAAGCCGAAAAAUGAAUAUUUCAGUAGCAUUUUGCUCCCAAACUGAAAUUCAUGCGAUUCAGAAAACAAAUCUAUGAAGUAUUUGUCUGUUAAAAAAAUUUCGUACAGAAUUUUUGAUGGAGGAAAACACUUCAUAUAAAUUCAUAUGGUUAAAAAAAGUUCAUUCCUUGCUAUCAGUUCUUAUUUUUGAGCAUUCGUUGUGAAACUACGCUGAGGGAUCGAAUUUCAGGAAAACAAAUUUGAGUAAACACGACGUAAUUAACUAUUAGAGGAAUGAGACAAACAUUCUGCUUUCAUAACUUAUAUCGAGAUGAGACGAGUAACAUACUCAAAAAAAUAUCUUUUAUUAAAUCAAUUCAUUAAACUUGAGAACUAAUUCUGGAAAAAUUGUCUGAUAGAAGUUGUUAAAAGAAAAAAUCUUUUGACACAACUUUUCUCUGCUUCUGAAUUUCUUAAAUAUGCGCUUUAAAUCCAUAAUAAGUUCUAUAUCCUUACCUUUUUAUUUCUAUUUUGAAGCUUCUCCGAAAUAUCAAGUUUCAGGAGGGAGGAUCGUGGAAAUGGGGUGGCAAUCGUACGUUUUUCCCCUUUGGUCGGCAGCGCCAUUCUGUCGACUUUGGCUUUUUUGAUCGGAAAAUAUAAUUAUUCGUACAUUUUUAUUUUUCUCAUCAUUGCUCUGAGCGUGGGAAAGACCUAUUUAUGGAAAAAGAAGGAGAGAAGGUCGGUUUUCGACUCUUUUUCGGGGAGUUAUUCUGUUUUUUGAAGGUUAUUGGCCUUACGAGUGGCGGCGAUUCGAGAAAAAGAAGUCGUGAUGGCCCAUUUGCAGGACCUGCCGGCCUGGGUUCAGUUUCCUGACACGGAAAGGGUCGAGUGGAUCAAUAAGGUUCAUUUUGAGCUUGUUUCAUUUUUGAGGCAUCCUAACUCUUCACAAAAAUUACGCGUACCGGAUUUUACAGGAUCUUUCCUUGAUUACUUUUCUUUUUUUGAAUUCUAGUUUAUUUCUCGUUCCAUCAAAUUAAAGCUUUUAUCAACUGGGUGAGAACAUCCUUCUUUUUUCACUUAUAAUCAGAUUUUGAAAAAAGGAAAAUUUUUGAAAUUAAUCUUAUUCAUUUGAAAGUUUAAACUUUGACUUCAAUAGUCUUCAAAUUAUCAGUUUCAGAUAUUGCUUUCAACUUUUUCAAUUUAAAAAACGUCAGUUGCACUUAUUUUUCUUGUUUUUUUAUUAAUUUCAUUUUUUUAAUUAUUGAAAAUUUAUUUGUCUAAAAAAACAUCAAAAGAAUGUGAAAAGUUAGUAAAAAAAUUACCGCUAUUCGAAAAAUUCCAUAUAAACUCUAUUCCUUCUAUGGAUAUAACUUUGAUUAUAGAAUUUUUCGAUCGUUUCAAUUUUUGUAUCUCUAAAAUUCCGCCUUUUCAGGUCAUUUUGCAAUUAUGGCCGUACAUUGGAGAGUACGGCAAGUUCUUCAUGAACGAUUACAUUUUACCUCAAGUAAAGGUUUGAAAAUUCGCGCCAUACAUUUUGAAGACUGUUAGUUUUUCAGUCACAAAUGCCGUCCAUGUUCAAAAAUUUCAAAUUCACCAAGAUGGAUAUGGGCGACAUUCCAUGCAGAGUUGGCGGUAUCAAGGUGAGUUUUCGGGAAUUUUGUCGAGCGAUCCUUCAGUUUUUUCUUGCUUUUUUGGAAGAAAAAUUUUAGGAAACUUGAAUUUUUUGACAAUGAACUAUAUUUGAAGCUUGGAUAGGCUUUUGUAAAACGCAGCCAGAAUAUUAAAAGUCAAGACAAAAGUUUAGUUACUCCCUAGGUUAAAUAAUUCAUGAUGAUUGAGAAAGUUGAGUGAAGUAAGUUUCAGAAAAGCUGUAAAAUGCGCUUGAUAAAUGUAUACUCCAAUUUCUAUAAUCAUUUGACGAGCUCAAGAAUUGAUCGGAACGCGCCGGGUUUCUGACUCUGUUUUUGCUUUUCGAAUAGAAAAAAACCUCUUGUUUAAAUACGCUUUUCUUUCUUUUUUAUAAUGUUUAUUGGUUUGAAAUGAAAAAUGAGUUUCGUUGAAUUUUAUGCGUUAAAUUUGUUUCAAACCUGAUCAUCAUGAUAAGAAAAGCAUGAAGUUAAAAAAAAGGCCAAAUUUCACAGCUUAUUUGAACAAAAAAAGGCAAAAAAUGAGAAAAGACACCCGGCGCAUCCCCGCCUGACCAUCAGUACCUGAAUGGCUUACUUUCACAUGUUUCCUUAUUGAUUGCGAUCGAAAAGUUGCCAGAAGAAAAAUGAAUGAAAAAUGGUCAUAUUUGCCUUGAAAGGUGUACACAGCCAACGUUGGCCGGGACAGAAUCAUCAUGGACAUGGACGUCGCCUACGCCGGCGACGCCGAUUUCACCGUCAGUUGUAUGGGAUUCACGGGCGGGAUGAACAAUGUCCAGGUUGGUUUCUAUUUUCCGAGAGUCUUUUAAAGUCGUUUUUCUCAUAUUUUCAGCACUGGGUUGUUCAUUUUAAUUAUGAAGGUGGUAGUUUCUCAGUAGAAACGUUUUUUUAACCUGAUCUCAGAAUUUUUAUUUUUCCUAUAGGGUUUUUGAGCUCAAUUGAAAUUAUGCGGUAAAAUUUCAGUUUUCAGAUUUAGGUUUGAAGGAUCCUUGAGAGAACAAUAUUCCUAUUGAAAGCGUUUUUUUAAUUUUUUCAAGGUGAAGUUAUAUUUUGAAUAUCUUAAUGCUUGAAUUUUUGAAAUCUCGGCCGUUAUUUUCAUCAAUUUCAGUUCCAGAACGAUCUUUUUUCAUUUUUUUUAUGUUGAACGGUAUCCGGAAAAAUUAUAAAAAGAGAGAAAUCGAAAGUUUUUUUUUUAUCAAGAUCCGAUUUUUCUCCUCACAAGUUUCUCAAUUUUUCAGUUUUCUGGAAAACUUCGAGCAGUGAUGAAGCCUUUGCUGCCGUAUCCGCCAAUGGUUGGCGGCGUUUCGGCGUCUUUUCUCGAAAUGCCCGUCAGUUUUUGUACAUGAUUUGAAGAAGUUUCCGAAAAAUUUGCAGAAAAUGGAUUUCAACCUGACCGGAAUGGGCGAAAUGGUCGAACUGCCCGGGCUGAUGGACGCCAUCAAGAGUGUCAUCAAUAGUCAGGUUUGAAUAUUUGAUAUAGGAUGAAUAUUUUUCUUUCAAGAAUUCGUACGGAAAAAUUGGAUAAACUUCUUCAAGUUGUAUCUAAAAUAAUCAGUUAGAAGAGUUAACUUUGAUGCGGAGGUCUGCGAAAAAGGAAGGAAAAACACUUUUUCUAGUUUAUGUUUCUGUCAGUUUCUGCUGUCUCUUUUUGUUGAACCAGAAAGUUUUUGAUCGUUACUUUCAAAUAAAAAAGACGGCAAUUUUUUUUGAAAAGUUUUUUCUUCGAAAAGAAAAAUCUAAUUUACGAUGCUGUUUCACCCGUCCUUCUGAAUGAUCUUAAUAUUAUUUUUUAAAUUAUUAAACAAAACUUUAUUCUCACACUUUGACGCAGCGUACUGAAAAAAAAAGGAAAACUCGAAAUUUUUUUUAGAAAAACCGUGUAGUCUGGAAGUGUUGAUUAAAAAAAUAUUUUCACUAAAAGUUUUUUACAUCAUAAAAAUAAUAGUUAUAAUGUUGGAAGUUUUAAAAAGUAAAAUAAUCCAAAAAAAAAAAAUCCAAUUUUCCCUUUUUCAGUCAUUUUUUUCAAGAAAAAUCCCAUUUUAUCAUUUCCAUUGACUUUAUUCUGUUUUUUUGAGAAAAAUGAAAAAAAGACAAUUUUCAAUGUUUCCAAUCACUUUUUUUUUCUCAGAUUGCGGCGUUGGCCGUUCUUCCAAACGAAAUCGUGGUUCCCCUGGCGCCAAAUGUCGACGUCACGAAGCUCUAUUUCCCAGAACCAGAUGUUUUCCUCCGCUUCCACUCUUUCACUACAAUUUUUUGUCUAGGGUGUCAUUCGACUGAAAAUAAUCGAGGCGAGAAAUUUGGAGAAUCGCGACAUUUCCUUCAUCAAAAAAGGCAAAAGUGACCCGUACUGCGAUAUUCAAAGUUUGACCUUAUCGAAAAAAUUGAGAAAAAUCCCCAUAUUUUGAGUUGGAUCACAGUUUUUGAAGACGAGAACCAUUGAUAAUGAUUUGAAUCCGAUUUGGAACGAACAUUUCGAAGCUGUCGUUGAUCAGGUUCAUUUUCAGCGAAAGAAGUCAGUUAGGAAGUUUUUUCAGGCGAAUGGUCAGAAGCUGAGAAUCGAACUUUUUGAUGAAGAUCAAGGAAAAGACGAGGAACUAGGAAGGCUGGCCAUCGAUUUGAACAGCAUCCAAGCCCGUGGUUCUAUUGAUAAGGUUGGUUUUGAAGUGAAAUGCUUCGAAGUUGACACUCUCAAGUUUUUUUUGAAACGACAUUUAUCCAUUGACCCUCAAAUGAUAGAAAAAAGAGGUUUCGAAACGAUUUUGUUCUGCUCAAAACUUUUCCUGCGCCUUUGAAAACAUUUUCAAUAAAAAAUGUUUCCAGUGGUACCCCCUGGAAGGCUGCAAACACGGCGACCUUCACGUGAAAGCGAUGUGGAUGAACCUUUCCAGCGACCUGAAACAACUCGAAAAGCAAGAGUGGGAGUCGGAAUGGGUCGGCCAGCAGACCAAACCGAUCCAUCCGGCCCUCCUCAUGGUCUACAUCGACUCGGUCUCUGACUUGCCGGUGCGAUUCGAUCAGUUUCAAAAGAGAAAAGAAUCGGUUUUUCAGUACCCGAAGUCUAAGCUCGAACCGUCGCCGUUUGUUGAAGUUUCAUUGGGCAAGGAAACUCAGAGAACUCCGGUUAAGGUGAGAAAUUUUAUUGAGAUAAGGAAUUAUUUGAUAAAUUGACUUAUAUGAGCAUUUUUUUCUAAUUUUUUUCGAAUAAAAAAAGCUGAAAAAGCGAUCAAAAAAACGGAUGAAGUUAAAAAAAUUGGAAGGAUAGAAAUAGCCGGGUGGGAUUUGUACUCAUCAGAAUCUUGGAUUAAUGGGAAAAAAGAAUACGUUGUGUUUCAUUUGGAUUUAUAAAUUCAUAACUUCAAAAUUUUUCUUUUUUAAAAGUCAAUGAUUUAUUUCCACCUAUUUUAGGUGAAAACCGUCAAUCCGCUCUACCAGACCAAGUUUAUGUUCUUCGUUCGGCACGUUGAGGGCCAAGAACUCAGAUUUGAGGUAAAAAAAAAGAAUGAUUGGACUUAGAAAAAAUACCUUCAAGGCAAUUGACGAAGGAACCCGCCGUUCUCUGGGAACCUUCGCCUUACCCCUUAAUCAACUACUUGCCGAACCGAAACUCGAAAUCAACCAGCAAAUGUUCAUGCUCACCCUUGGCGUCCAUCAGAGCCCCAUCGUUGUGACGGCUCGUCUCAGGGUCUUUUCCAUUUUUGGACUGACCAAAUUUAUUAUGGAAGUUUAGGUACUGGUCCAAGGGAAACCGAAAAGGCAUGCGGAAAGCGAAUUGGACCACGAUAUCCUCGGAGAGUAUGGAAAUGGUGAAUGAAAAAGAAAUUAUAGAAAAUGAAGCUUUAGAUGGAGAUUGGGGGAUUUAGGUUUUAAAAAAUUUUCAAUAUAGGCGAAUUUAUGCCGUGUUCAAAGUGAUUCCGCGAAAUUCAAAAUAGCCGUCAGAGAAAGAGAAAGAUAACUAAAUUUUGGAGGGUCAGAGACCAUUUUGCAUUUCGCGGAAAUUACUUUGAACACGGCAUUAAUGUGAAAAUACGCCCUUGGAGAAGAAAAAUGGCAUUUUAAAAGAUGAUUUUUUUUAAAAGUUUUUUCAAGGUCUUCAUGGGUAUUAACAAUUUUCCAAAAUCUGGUGAUUAGAAAGACUUGAGUAAAAGUAAAUUAAAUACACCUGAAGAGCGAGUUUUUUUGAAUUUGAUGUGUUAUCUGCUAUUAUUUGAAUUUACUUUGAAAUUGAAAAAAAUAAAAUUUACUUUUCAAACUAACCUUUUCAAGUAGACUUAGCAAUUCGACAAUGCUAAUUAUAUCACUCCGACUGAUCAUUCCCAUUUCCAGCUUUCCACAUUGAGAGAGCCGAGCGAAAAGCCGAAAAUCUGAUCACAAACGGAGACGUCGCGGCAGUGGAACCGGCCAAGACCGUCAACCUGGAUGCAGGCAUUUUUGAGCCCGAGCUCAAGAACACGGCUCCAACCACUAGCGUCAGUUUGUUUGUGCUGUUUGAGCCUUUCUGAAGGAUCAUUGAUCAGUGUUUGGAGCUUGAACUCUUUGGGGAGAACAGUUUUGGGUCGACAAAUUUUGUUCCUAUUUGUUCUGAUAAGCUUCAAAAACUUUAUUGAAAGGUGUGAGACGCUACUUCAAGUGAAAAAGUUGAGAAAUUAGUGAGAUAACGUUGAAUUUCACAGUUUAUGAGAUUUUUUAUAUUUUUUUUAAUUUUCUUGAGGAUAUUUAUUCGUUAUUUUUCAAAAAGGUGCCCGAUUUAAACAAUGAAAAAACAUUAAAACAAAUCUAAAAAAUGGAUGAAAAAAUUAUUGAAAAAAAUGCUUUUAAAACGAGUUUCUGUACAUUUUAGAGUGAUAAUUGAGCUUGAAAGUCUAUUUUGAAAUUUCGGGAUUAAAAAGGAACAUUUAUUAAAACACUCUUGCACAAAAAUCCAAAUUGAAAAGAUGAUUUUUGUGAAAUAAUAGGCUUCCGUUGCAGUUGAUGAGAUCAGGAUCUCUGAAUUCGGUAGGAUCCGGCAAAUCGAGCCGUUUGGCGCGUCUGUUCCAAUCCAAGCACACGAAAAGGAAAAGCGAGUCCGAGUUUGCCGAUUCUGACUGUUGUGAGGUGAAAUAUUCGCUUUGAAGGCUGGGCGAGAUGCGCGGAGAGCUCGAAAUGGGAAUCCGGUACGCCGAGGGCACCAAGAGACUCGUCGUUCUGAUUCUGAGGGCGCGAAACCUUCUUGCCUACGACAAGAAGGGGUUCUGCAAUCCUUACAUCACGGUUUCAUCAUCUCUUCUCGAAAAACUGAAAGAAGAAUCUUCAGGUGAAACUGAUGACUUUGGAUGGGAACAAGGAAGUUUUCAAACGGAAAACCGGCACCGCCCGCAACACCACCAAUCCGAGUUAUGAUAAUCAGUGAGAAAAGGCGGAAAAGACCAUUUCGAACCGAAUAUUUUGAAGCUUCGAGUUCGAUGUCAACUCUUCUGACUUGCACAAUCACAAGUUGGUGAUCUCGGCCAAGGACGACACCAAUUACGGUGCUUUCGCUUCGAAACCAGUUCUUGGAGUUGUAAGUUCAAAGAAAUAACUCUAGUUUUGAACCUUGAGACUUUUUGAGUAAUCGAAAAUUUCUGUCCCGAAAAGUCUAAAGAGCUCUCUGAAAUCCUAAUUUUCUUUUUCUACGAAAUUGUCUCAUCUCACAGGGGGACUUCUGAAGUAGACUAGGUUCACUAGGCAAAGGUUUUGGCGUCUAUUUCGAAUGUGGUAUCAAAAGCUGCUGCGAGGGUCUGUUAAAAAUGUUAUACACUCUAAAAAUGUUAUACAGGAAAAAUUUCAAUGUAUCCGACGAGGAUUUUUUUUUUUAAUUAUCAGAUAUUGUCCUUUCGGAACAGUUUUCGAGACUAGAUUUGGAAUUAGCGUAAAAAACUUCACCCAGACAACGUGGUCUUAUUCAGAAGUCCCAAUGCGACCAAAAACCAUUCCGUAGUUACUCUGUAGACUUAACUUCAAACUUAAGAUCGAAUUCCGACUGGAUAAGAAGGAAAAUUGGGAGCUUUCGCAGCGCUGGAUCCAGUUUGAACCCGAAAGGAAAUAG